AGCCGAAAAUAUAAACAAACCCGUUUGUGUUAUAAUGAAAAUACUCAUAUCACUGCAUAUUUUAAAACUUUUUUCAGACUCAAAAUGGUUAACUCGAAGCUGGACGUUAUCGAUCCGGAAACCACAGGACUUGUAACGUACGAAAGCAGCAUCAAAUCUGGAACUCACGGCGAAGUGUAUCAAAAGCAGCUAGCCCUAGUUCUUCUGCUUAGAUUGACACGAGAAGGGAAGAGUUUUCACUUGGCUUAUGAACUGACAUCCGCGGAGAAGUUUGACGACGUGGUACUGUACGAUAAAACAGCCAAGCAAUGGAUUUUCUUGCAAUCUAAACAUGCUGACGGAAAAGAAUCGAAGAUAGAUCUCAAUGGAUUGCUCCCAAACGUAAAUCGAGAGAAAGGAGAUUUCAGUUUGUACAAAUAUUUCUGUUCCUACAUGAUAGUUCGAAAAAGGUUCAAAGGUAAAACCAACUUCCUGCUGUUCACCAACAAAAAACUUGAUGAAAAGCUAAAGACCGCAGGAGAUUGCAUGGCGAUCGAAGAUCGAGAUGUAGACGAAUAUCUUCGCUUUACUUGUGAAGGAGCCACCUACAAAUCAUUUAUACCAACUGAAGCUACAAUUCAAUCAAUCAUGAUUUACGCCAACAAAGAUUUCCAUUCCCUCAAAGACGCUAUCAAGGAACUUUUCACUAAAGGAAUUAUUACUAAUGAACUGCUUAAAUACAAAGCUUAUUUGAAUGACAUUUUAAGGAUCAAGCAUUCGUCAUCAUUUUUCGGAAAAUUAAAAGCAGUUUUCUCGCUGCAAAUUAAAACAAGGAUCAUGAAAAUAUAUUCACUGCAUUAUAUUCCUCAUGUGGAGUACAGUGAAUAUAUUUUCAUAGCAAAAACUUUUGUUUUGAACGAAAAAACUGCUUUCAAAUGUUUGAUGAUGACGAUGAUUUCAAUGACGAAAAGUUCAACGUUAAUGGAGUCAGGAAAUUUUAAAAUAAGGUUCAGAGAGAGCUUUAACGAGUCACUAAUUUUCAUUGCCAAAUUAUACAAAGUGCUUGAAAGAGAGCUACACGAUUUAAAGCCUAUUAAUAAACCAGCAGAACUCGACGUUAAAGAAGAACAAUAUGACUCUUCUUGUUGCCCGUCAGUGAAUGGUGCAGAAUUAAACCGCCUGGCAGACGCCAUCAUAAAUCUUUUUCGUAGUGGAACUGUAUCUGAUGAUAUAAAAAAGUACGAGCAUUUUCUAGCUUCGAUUCUAACAGGAACAGCAAAUGACCAGCUUACAUUCAAAGAUACAUUCUCUUGUGAUGUAGUCGGUAGAGCUGAACUGUAUAGUAUGUUGAAGACUGAAUUGGGUGACAUGAAUACGGAGGUUAGCACGAAGCAGAAACUGUUCGAAGGAAGGGAUUCACGGAACAAGCAUACUUCAGUAUUAAUCUAUGCAGAGGCAUCUGAUGUGAGGCAAUUCUUUGAGCUACUCACAUUAUCAGCACAUCAACCAGACGAAUUGGAACCCUUCAUCGUCCAAGAAUUGCGCUCAUGGAUGAAAAUGUGGCUACGUCCUGACGUUUUAGGAAAGCUAAGCGAAUAUGAUGAAAAGAAUGCGGUAAAAGAUUUGGAUGAUUAUUUUGAAACAACGUUGAAAUGCGAGCAAAACAAUUCCAAACCAUACUUAGAUCAACAUUUUGUCACGCAGUAUUGUAACAAGUUGCGGUCUAAAAUUGUAGAACUGUAUCCGAUAUUGAAUGAUACCAAUCAGUUGUAUAUUAACAGAGUAAUUAUUUUUGAAAAGGAGGAUGUACAUGCGCCUGAAUCCUUGCAAGCUUCUCAAUUUGAAGGAAAUAUUAAAUCUGAACAAGAUCCUAGUUCAGGAAGAUUGGCUUCCCCUAAGUAUGGUACUACAGAAAAAAAGUUCGAAAUGAAUAACCAAGUAUCCCUUGUAGAUAUAACUUAUGAGGAAAUGAGUGAUAGUCAGUUUGCAGAAAAUCUAAAGACAAGGUUUGCCCAUCAUCAGUGUUUAGUUUUGACGGCGGAUCCCGGGAUAGGUAAAACUGAACUUCUUCAAUAUGUUGCUCUUCAACACCAGAAACUCAAAUCAGGAACAGUUUUCUUAAUUUACUUGAGCAGAAUUCAAUGCUCUGAGGACGUUAUAGGCAAUGAAUCAUCAUUGGAUAUUCUCAAAUCGGUGUUAUCUCGAAAAAAUGUUAAAAUCAUACAGAACGUUUUGACGAAUGUGUCUGAUGAUCAUAUUACAAUACUGUUUGAUGGGUAUGACGAAAUACAUGAAAAAUACAUGAAUAAUAGACACAUAAUGAACAAUCUAUUUGAAUUAUUAUUGCAAUCUAAGCAUAUUCAACUUCUUAUAAGUGUAAGAAAUCACAAGAAAAGUUCAUUGCAGAGGUUUUUUAAGAAACACAAAUAUAAUGUCGGAUACUUUUCACUAGCGCCAUUUAAUAGGGAAAAUAUAGUUGAAUAUCUUGCCCAAUCUUGGAAAGAAAACGUUAAAUGUGAUAAAAAUUUCAAAUUUAGUUCGUAUACCACAUUUUUGAUUGAGAAAUUUUAUAGUGUAUGCAGAAUCCCAUUAAUGGUUAAAAUGUUGGCGGAGAUAUACAAACAGCCUUUUGAACAAUUCAAAGCAUCCAAUAUGAUCGACAAAGAAACAGAAAUAAGCUACCUGGAAAAGGAAGCUUCAGAAGUUGAGCACAUUUACGAAAUGUAUAUAGAAAAAUGUUUACUAGUAAAAAUAGAGGAUGCAUGCAAUGGCAUUGGGCAAAUCGAUUCGAAAAAGAAAAUAAUUGAUGGAUUUUAUCUUGACCACCAACUACUGGCCAUAGAAUUCCUUGAUGUCAAUGAGCUGAAAUCUAUCUUCAAAAACCCAAAAUACAUGAAAAAACGAGAUUGUAUUCUAUCAUGCCAUCAAAGCCAGUUUGAAAAAUGUAUUCUUGUAAAAUUUGUUGACGAAAAAGUUUGUUUUUCUCACUAUUCUUACGCUGAGUAUUUUGUAGCAACCUUUCUGUGGGACAAUUUUGUUAACUUAAAAAACAUUAUUAAAGAUGUUUUGUCUUCUUUUACGGGAAUAAGAAAGUUUUUUAUAAAUAUAAUUGAAAAAAAUUUCAAAAUGUUUGUAACAGAAAUCGCCCAAGUAACGUCUUUUGCUUUUGAAGAUGUUAUUUUCUGGGCUUGUGAAAGUAAUGCUGUAGAAUUGUUGAAAUAUGUGCUUUCAAAAACAAUUCUGGUUCUUCCGGAUAAGGCCAAAAUGCUUCACAUUGCCAUAGAAAACGGCAGUGACAAAAUAUGCUCCUAUUUAAUCGAUGAUUGGAAAGUGCAUCCCGAUGUAAAAUAUAAUGAUGGGCUAGCUCCUUUACACGCGGCCAUAACAUAUGGACAUAGGCAUUUAGUUCAGCUACUGUUAGAAAAGGGAGCUGACAUAAAUAUUCGGAACACUAAAGUAAAUUCCAAAACUCCACUCUAUUAUGCAUGCCAGUAUGGUCACAAAGAGAUUGUGGAAGUAUUGGUAGGAAGAGGUGCCAACAUUGAAGCACAGACUCACAAUAAAAGGACAGCUCUUCAUGUCAGUGCUUCCAAAGGUCACUGCGAUAUCGUGGAAAUACUGCUCGAUAGAGUUUCCUACGUGGACGUUGAUGAAACAGAUAAAUGGACACCGCUUCAUUUGGCGUGUGCAAACGGUUACAAUAAGGUUGCGAAGGUAUUGAUCGGAAGAGGUGUCAACAUUGAAGCAUUGGCUCAUAAUAAUUGGACAGCUCUUCAUGUGAGUGCUUCCAAAGGUCAUUGCGUUAUUGUAAAUUUACUACUUGAUAAAGGUGCACACAUAAACGCUGUUGAAAUAGAUAAAUGGACACCGCUUCAUUGGGCAUGUCAAAAUGGUCAUAAAGAGGUUGUAGAGGCUUUGAUCAGAAGAGGUGCCAACAUUGAAGCAUUGACCCACAAUAAAAGGACAGCUCUUCAUGUAAGUGCUUCCAACGGUCACUGCGAUAUUGUAAAUUUACUACUUGAUAAAGGGGCAAACGUAAACGCUGUUGAAAUAUAUAAAUGGGCACCGCUUCAUUGGGCAUGCCAGAAUGGUCAUAAAGAGGUUGUAGAGGCUUUGAUCAGAAGGGGUGCCAACAUUGAAGCAUUCAAUAACUAUGAUUGGACAGCUCUUCAUGUAUGUGCUUUCAAUGGUCACUGCGGUAUUGCAAAUUUUCUAUUAGAUAAAGGUGCAAACGUUAACGCUGUUGACAGAAAUAAAUGGACACCGCUUCAUUGGGUAUGUCAUACUGGCCAUAAAGAGGCUGUAGUGACAUUGAUCAAAAGUGGUGCCAACAUUGAAGCUUUGAGUGACGAUAAGUUGGCAGCUCUUCAUGUAAGUGCUUCCAAAGGUCACUGUGAUAUUGUAGAUGUACUACUAGAUCAAGGUGCAAACAUUAACGUUGUUGGAAAGGAUAAACGGACACCGCUUCAUUGGGCUUGCGCUAAUGGCUACAUUGAGGUCGUGACAAUAUUAAUCUGA